AUGGGCUCAACAGGGAAAGACAUGAAGGUGGAAGCCGUAUUCCCCAGCAACACACCGCAAUUUGUACAGUUCGCUAGCAGAAGGAGUGUGGUCCAUAGCACGAAGGGCAUUGUUGCAUGCACACAGCCUCUGGCCGCAGAGGCGGGGCAGAGGAUACUGAAGCAGGGAGGCAAUGCAGCAGACGCUGCGGUGGCCGUCGCCGCCGCCCUCAAUAUGGCCGAGCCGACCUCGACUGGCAUUGGUGGAGACAUGUUUUGUCUAUACUUUGAUGCAAAGACGAAGAAAGUACAUGCGCUCAACGGCUCGGGACGCAGCGCAAAGAAUACCACUCUCGAGCAAGUCAGGCAAGAGUUGGGGAUCAGCUCAGGCAAGAUUCCGACACAUAGCCCAUUAUCAGUCACGGUUCCAGGUGCACCGGGCGGGUGGGUCGACACCAUCGAGAAGUUCGGAAGCGGGAAGUUGAGCCUUGAGCAAAUCUUGACACCAGCAAUUGAGAUGGGAGAGGAAGGCUUUCCCGUGAGCGAACUGGCAGCGAUGCAGUGGCAUGACCAUGAGCCAGAUCUCAGACGGGCGUCGCCGAACUUCCGCGAGAUGCUCAAGAGAGACAAGAACUCUGAGGAUUUCGUUAGGGCUCCACGUGCUGGUGAGAUUAUGAGGAACCCCAACCUGGCCAAGACCUUCCGGACGUUGGCAGCAGAAGGAAAGAAGGGAUUCUACAGCGGACGGAUUGGCCAGGCAAUUAUAGACGUCCUGAACCUCACGGGCGGGCACAUGGAGUUGUCGGACUUGGAGGACCAUAUGAAUCGAGGCGCACAAGAGACGGAGCCCAUCUCUCUUAAGUUCAGCGCGCAAAACGUCAAGAACCAAGGCACGCACAGGGUGACCAACGGGUCUCCAGACAACCACUUUGUGGAGCUGUGGGAGCAUCCGCCGAAUGGCCAGGGCAUUGUUGCAUUGAUGGCUCUCGGUAUACUGGAAGAACUCGAACGGACCCAUCAAAUCCCUGCGUUUGCCCAGGAAGACCACAACAGUGCUAUCCACCUGCAUGCUGUUAUCGAGGCACUCAAGAUAGCGUUCGCUGACGCUAGCUGGUGGGUGACGGAUCCAGAUUUCAUGAAAGUCAAGUCGUCAGAACUGAUAUCCAGACCUUACCUGACGGAGAGAGCGAAGCUUUUUAACAAGGACAAGGCCGGCCAAUUUGACAGCGGACAACCUGGACCCAGCCCAGCCCAGAAUCACAGUGACACAGUCUACUUCGCCGUCACUGACAAAGAUGGCAAUGGAAUGAGUUUCAUCAAUUCCAACUACGAAGGAUUCGGAUCUGCCAUCAUCCCUCAAGGCUGUGGAUUCACACUCCAGAACCGAGGGUCGAAUUUCCAGCUGGGACCAGAGAAUCAUCCGAACAUCUACCAAGGCGGGAAGAGACCUUACCACACUAUCAUCCCCGGCUUAAUCACUCACGGCGAAGAAGCCGACCGACAACUACACUCGGUAUAUGGUGUAAUGGGUGGCUUUAUGCAGCCGCAGGGUCACGUCCAAGUCUUGCUAAACAUGGAGGUGUUCGGUCUGAACCCGCAACAGGCACUCGAUGCCCCAAGAAUAUGCAUUGGUGCAGGCAUGCCCAAAGAAGGAGACACAGAUGGUACGGUUAUAAAUGUGGAAGAGGGAAUCGACGAGGCCACCGUGAAAGCACUGGAGCAGAUGGGACACAAUGUCCAGGUCCUGCACGGCUUCAGGAGGGCGAUGUUUGGCAGAGGACAGGUUAUUCGCAGGCAUGUGGAUGAGGAGACUGGCCAGAUGGUGUUCAGCGGAGGCAGCGAUCCCAGAGGAGAUGGAUGCGCCCUCCCCGGAUGA